GGGUUUUGCGUGCGAUCACAACAGCCCGGGCAGCGGCGGGCGGAGGAGCUCCUCGCGAGGAGGAAUUCUCGCCCCGUGAGGUUUCGCUGCCAGACCCCGACAGCGGCCCACGAAGCAGUGGUGAAGAAGGAAGAGGUGGAAGAGGUUUGGGUGGUGGAACAGACGCAGAAGGGCACCGCUCCGGUUUCCGUCGGAGCGGAUCUAGUCCGCACAAUGGAGCCUCAAUCGCCCAGCACGGAAGCGGCGGGAAUCUGUAGGGGGCCCAAUGAGGAUCCCCCCACCGCGGAGAGGGGGAUGGGCCAGCCCAGCUGCCCCCGCGCGAGACCCCCCACGGUGCCCCCCAAGGCGUGGGCUCAAGAAUGGGAGAGUGAGGAGCGCUUCUUGGGAGUCAAGGUGCGGAAGACGAAAGGAGGCCGGAGGCAUUACACAGACGACCCCGGCAGGGAGUGGUUCACGCUCAAGUUCGAUUUGGCCAAAGACCAGGGAACGGAAGUGGUCCCAGCUGUCAAGGAGAAGUCGCUCAGGGAGACGCUGAGUCCCAUCUUCUUACGGAGGGGCCUGAGUCUGGGCCGCGUCGAUGUCUUCCUGGACCACUCGAGCACGCCGCUGUGCCUCGACUUUGAGACGUUCCCUUUCGGAGGACGGCACCUCACGGUCAAGGCCAAGGUUCCCGAGGGCAGCAGCAGCAGCAGCAGCAGCAAGUCCCGGCGCAUGAGCGUGGCGUGUCCCUCCUUCCUGCUCAGCUCCCUGCGCCUCCGCAGCGUGAGCAGCACCGCGCUCAACGGACCCCCGCGGCACCCGGGGGACCGGCCCGGAUCGACCCGUUCCGGGAGGAGACCCCGCUCGGAGCAGACGACCCCCGUGGCGGGGAGGAGCCCCUCCAGGGAGCCCCCCCAAACCGGCGAGGGGGGGAUCCCAGCGGUGCCCGCGGAACCAGUGGCACCAGGACUCGAGCCGUCGACCCCCUGCCGGAGGCGCAAGAACAUGGCGUCGUACCUGGGGGACGCGAUGGUCCCCCUGGAGAAGUGGGGGCCCCCCGAGGGGGCCGCCCCGACCCCCGCGGGGAGCCCCGUGGACGUGGGCAAGGUGCGACAGGGGGCUCGCAUUGGUGGCAUCUUCGGGCCCGGAGGAGCAGUGGUGAAGGAUUCGGACCGGCUGGAGAUCCUCCGGGGCCGCCUCUCGGCCUUCGAGCUCCACGGCCUCCCCCGGCCUCGCGACGCCGCCGAGUGGAGCGAGCCGCUGCCCGACCUCGAAGCCUCGUGGACACAAAUCUGCCACGACCCCAAGAGCCUGAGCCACCGGAGCUACCAGCAGCAGGAGGCCACGUGGGAGCUGUUCAGCACCGAGAUGUCCUACAUGCGUAGCCUGCAGCUCCUGUGUGACCUCUUCAUCAGCUGCCUGCUCAACCUGCAGGAGACCGGGCUGCUCAGAGAGGUGCAGGUGGAGCGUGUGUUUGUGAACGUUCCGCAGCUGCUGGCGCUGCACAAGGGGCUGUGGCGGGAGCAGCUGGCGCCCGCGCUCCAGCGGUCGCGCUCGUUGCGCGCGCCGCUCCGCCCCGCAGACCUCCGCGGGGCUUUUACCGGGUUCCGCGAGCGCUUCGAGCCGUACCUGCGGUACUACCUGAGCGAGCAGCAGAGCACCGACUACGCUCGCAGCCUGAUCCGCGACAAUGAGGUCUUCCGCAUCUACCUCACGUGGGCCGAGUCCCAGAAGCCGUGUAGCCGGCUCAAGCUGCUGGACAUGCUGGCGAGCCCUCACCAGCGCCUCACCAAGUACCCGCUGCUGCUGCGUGCCAUGCUGCAGAAAACCGAUGCGGAGGGGGACCGCACUGCCCUGCUGGCCAUGGCGGAGAGCGUGGAGGGGUUCAUCGUCGAGGUGAACGCCGAGUUGAAGAUGCGGCAGGAGCAGCGGCGUGUGGCAGGGGUGGCGGCGCGGAUCGAGGCCUACGAGGUGGUGGAGCCUGGCUCCGAGGAGGUGGACAGGAUCCUGCUGGAGUUCAGCUGCCUGGACCUCAUGGGCCCCAUCCCGGGGGCCGGACGAUCGCGGUACCGAGAGGUCGUGCUCGAGGGACCCCUCAAGAUGAGGGACGGCAGGGACCGGCUGGACGUGCACUGCGUGCUCUUCACGGACCUGUUGCUCGUGUCAAAGUGGACGCGGCGCGGCGAGAAGACUCGAAUCAUCCGGCCACCCAUGGCCGUGGACCGACUCGUGUGCAGGGAGCUCCGAGACCCGGGCUCUUUCCUGAUCGUGUACCUCACCGAGUACGGGACAGUGUCAGCAGCCUUGGCUUUCCAGGCGAGCGGAGUCCCAGCCGCCCAGGAGUGGGUGGAGGCCCUCUCGGCCGCCCAGGUCUCCCUCGCGAGCGUGCGCGCCCAGGAGAGCGAGCGGCGCCGUCUGAGCAACGAGCCGGACCUGAGCCUCAUCCCCGUGUUCAGCCUCGUGCAGGCGCACAGCAUCGCCCCCCCCCACGGGACCCCCGAACGGUCCAUGCCGUGCGUCGCCCCACCCCGACUCGUGCUCACCACGUCGGGCGACUCGGAGAGCGAGGAGGGGCCCUCCUCGGCGAGCCUGCCCAUCGACGACUCCUAUGGCGCGGGGCUCAGCUUCUCGUUCCUCCACGACCCCUCGGAGGCCUCCGGGGGGGACGGUCCGGGUGCCCCAGGAGGCGGAGGAGGAACGGGAGGACAAGGAGGAGGUGAAGCGGGUGGAGGAGACGAUGGAGACGGAGGAGGAGGAGGAGGAAGCUUGGACUCGGACCGCCACCACGCUUCCUGUCGCGCUCCAUCGCAGACAGACGCCGCCGACCCGUGCCGCCGCACCGCCAGCUCGCGGCCCCCGCGGCGUCGGCAGCUCCCGGCGGAGAGCACCGCCGCCUCCAUCAUGCGCUGGAAGUCGGAGCACAGCCUCCCGCACAUGGGCGAGGACGUGAUGCCGUGCAGCUCCGCCGACGACUUCACGUCCCACGCCGCGCCGCCGCCCCGCUCGCUCCUCCAGCGGCAGCAGGACCUGCCGCCGCCGUUCUGCCGCAGCAUGACCGACGUGUCCUGCGACGCGGGCGGCGGACGGUCGCCCGCGAACACCGCGUCCGCCCUCUCGCUCGACCCCGAGAACUCGAAGUUCAGGUCCCUCUCCGACUGCAGCCUGGUGCCAGUCGCCCUGGCCGACCCCCUGGACUGUGCGAGCAACCCUGCCGGGCACCACCACCCCCACCACCCCACGCGUGGUGGGGGUGGUGGAGCCCCCGGGGUGGCGGGCAGGGCGUCGGGCAGGGCGCGACCGCCGCAGGUCUUCUCGGGCAGCCCCAGCAAGGUUUGCAGGGCGGGCAGCAGCAGCACCGAACUUUCCGACAGCAUGGAGUUCGGCCUCGAGUGAGGCGUCAACCCAACACGGACCCGGCCCAGGGGAAACGAGGAAUGGGGACAUUGUGAGAAGUGACGGGUGUACGUCCGUACCUACGUGGGGUUGGUGUGGGUCUCGGAGUGUGGGUGCGUACGCGUGUUUGCGCACUUGUAUAUUGGCGAGUGGUUGUGGAUUGAGUGGUUGUGAGGUGAGUGGUUGUGUGGAUAUGGAGCGGUGGCAUAGCGGUUAGCAUCCUACACUACAAACCCAGCACCCCGGGUUCGAUUCCCGCUCACGCUCGACACCAAUAACGAUUAUCUGAACCGGUCCUGGGCAAUUCAGCCUAAAAUUAGUAUUUGGUACAGUGUGUGAACAUCGCCACUGGGGAGACAAAGGUGGCUGGGCAUGGUGCUGGUCACCAAUCCCGUCGUGUGUCGUACCGGCCUUCAUAGAUGCUCGCUAAAAGCAUUUGCCCCCAACAGUCUGUUGAGGCUAUACGGGGGGACCUUUGGCUUUGUCAACCCAACCAGUCAACCCAUGGCACCUGGGUCUGCCCCGUGGCCUCCUACUAGCAUCGAGAACCUUCCACACUUGACGUGAUAGCUUCAAAGGGCACCUACAGCCUGGCUAAAGCGCCAUGGUGACAUAACCACCACUUCGUGGUGAAUGUUGGCUGUUGUUGUUGGAUGUGCCUGUGUAUGGAUGUGUGUUGGUGUUCGUGCGUGCUUUUGCGCAUAUUACACUGGAUAGCACAGUGCAUUAAUACCAUUUUAGUUGCAUGGCUAAAAAAACGUGCACACAUGGAAACCCAUCCACACGGCGACUGGAGAGAUUGGCCAUGCCAGAACCGGGAACAUAUACAAGUGAACGGGGGAACGUGCAUGUAGCCGUACAGGUACACAAUGCAAUCGUGCAUGUAUACAGAUGCACAGGUAUCGUGGACUGCUGCAGAACCUGUUGUUAUAGGUUAGCUGGUGCGCAUGUUGGUGGGGUUUACUGCUGCACAGGUGUGUAAUUGUUUACAGGUGUACAGGUAUAAUGGUGUACCGGUGUUGUGGAGGUUUACAUGUGUAAAAUGUGUAAAUGUGUACAGGCGUAAAGAGUUCGUGUCAAGGUGUUCACAUGCACAGGUAACGACUGGGAGUACGGGCAUUCCGCUGUACAGAUGCAUAGGGGCUGUGAAGGUGUACAGGUUUGUAGUCCACAGGUGAAGGGCCCUGAAGAUGGUCACGUGCAUUAGGCGAUACUCUGAGACCAUCGUGGGUGGAACACCGUGAGCUGUGUGACGUCUCCGACCCAGAGGCACUGCUGCUUUUCUGCCUUCCCUGACCCUGGAUGAGUGAACGAGUGGGCAGAGUCUCCAGAUUGGACUGGACUCGAACCCAGACCCAGCUUAAUGUGAAGGUGAAUGAAUUAAUGAAUGAACGGGCGCAGUUGCCUCUCCUGGGAUGGAGGGAAUGAGGUAUUUUGUAUAAAAUGUGGUGGCGACCCAGGCAGCGUGAUCCAUGAUGUGCCAGAGACGCGUGUGAAUCGCAUCCAGUGUGCGAUUCCGCGUGUGUGAUUCUGCAUGUGUGUGUGUGUGAGAAUGAGUCGCUGUUGUGCUGCAGGUCGUUUCAACCUCAAGUGAAGACCCGGUGCGAUGCGUAAACAUCGCCACUGGGGAGACGAAGGCGGUCGAGCGUGGUGCUGGCAACCCCACCCGCUCGUGUGCCGUUACUGGCCUUCAUAGGUGCUCGCUAACAGCACUUGCCCCAACAAUCUGUUACAGGCUAUACGGGGGAUCUUUUUUUCUCUUUAUCUCCGAGUCUGUGUGUGGGGCUGCGUGGUGUUUAAAUAAAACAAAUCAACUUCAAUUCCCCCUUUUAGAGCACCGCCAGGUGUGUGUGCGCGUGUUGUGUGUUCUCGGCCGUCUAGCAUCUCCACUGUCGGAGUCUCGGCCUCUGCGUUGGACAUUCAACGUUGCGCCGCCGUGAUCAUUGUGGAGCGCAUGUGGGAGCUGUGUUUCUACGAUGCUGGACGUGGACUGCCUUAGUAUGGCGUUACUAUGUUUGUGCGAGUGCGUUUGGCUGUGGGACAGUCUCUGUGCAUGAUUUGUGUGGGUUUGUGUGUCUGUGCGGGACUGUGUCUUGUGUGCGAUAUCUGUGUGCGAGUGUCUUUGAUCUGAUAUGGGUCUGUGUGUGGGAAUGCGUGUUCUGUGUUGGUUUGUGUGUGGGAGUGUGUGAUAUCUGUAGGUUUGUAUGUGUGUGGAAGUUCACUUG